AUGACUAGCACUGGCAACGACAACCCUGGCAACUUCGCCAACCGCCCCAAGGAGGAGGUCAGAGAGAUCGCAGCCAAGGGCGGUCAUGCCAGCCAUGGGGGCGGUAAUACCUCAAAUACUUCAUCCAGCGACACCUCCGGCAAUGACAACCCUGGUAACUUUGCCAACCGACCCCACGACGAUGUUGUCGCAGCUGCUCGCAAAGGCGGUCAUGCUAGCCACGGCGGCGACAACACCUCCAGCGAUGACUCUGGCAGCAGCGGCCCUGGCAAUGACAACCCGGGCAACUUUGCCAACCGUCCGCAUGAGGACGUCGUAGCGGCUGCUCGCAAGGGUGGUCACGCUAGCUAA